AAAUACCUACAUUACCAGAAGAUGUAAGAGACCAUCCUGGAACUGAAAGAGAGAAGCUCUGGAAUGCAAUCCAAUGGGUAGAUAGACAGAAUGAAAUAACACAAGAUUUUGUUAAAAGAGAAGUAAGAAGAAAAGAGAUAGAAUACCAAAAAGAUAUAAAUAAACAAUUGAAUAGAACAAUUGAAGACUUUAGGAAGACGCAAGACUACGAAAAACAGGCCAUUUUACAUAAUUUAAUUCAAACCUCAGUAACAAAUACAGACCCAGAAAUAAAAACCCAAGCAGAGAUAAAAUAUAAUGAAUUUAUGAGUAAAAGCCUGAAAAACCCAAAGAGAACACAGAAAACAUCUACAAAAACUACAAGGAUAGAUACAACCAAAGACUUCUUUAAACAAUUAAGGAAAGAAGAUAAACAAUUAAAAAAAAUAACUAAAGAAAGAAAACAAAAAGAAGAAGAAAUAAAGAAAACAAUAGACUCAGAUUCAGAUAAUGAAAGUGACUUAAAAGAUAAAAACAUUCAAAGGGAGCAUAAUAAGUUUAUAAAAAAUCUUAAUAAAAGUGAAGGAAAACAAUCAAAUCUUAGACCAGACUGGCAGGAUUUAAGAAGCAAAUCUAGGACCAAAUAUUAA